GAGGUGUGGUGAACGUCCUCAAGCGUCCUCUGCAUACGCGCCUCUCUUAUAAAUCAGCCGCUUGGAUUGUUUGUGUCGUCAGAGGACACAGUGAGCCAAAAAAGUGUUGGACAACCACGGGACACCUGCACAAUGUGCGCGGAGAAGUUGGACAAAAAUCAAACUAUUGACUUGAGGAAGAAGCACAUUGGGCCUUCAUGCAAGAUCUUCUUCAGUGAUGACCCCAUUAAGAUAGUGCGAGCCAGGGGUCAGUACAUGUACGACGAGAAGGGGCAACGCUACCUUGACUGUAUCAACAAUGUUGCUCAUGUGGGUCACUGCCACCCAGACGUGGUGAAGGCCGGCGCGCAGCAGAUGGAGCUGCUCAACACCAACUCACGCUUCUUGCACGACAACCUCGUGCUCUACGCCCAGAAACUGCAGGCCACACUGCCAGAGGAGCUGUCUGUCUUCUACUUUGUCAACUCUGGAUCCGAAGCCAACGACCUGGCACUCCGCCUCGCCCGCCAGUAUUCGGCCAGCAAAGAUAUCAUCACCCUCGACAACGCCUAUCACGGUCAUGUGACGUCGCUCAUCGAAAUCAGCCCCUAUAAGUUCCACCAUCUGUCCGACCCGGCUCCCAGUCCAUUUGUGCACGUGGCCUCGAGCCCAGAUGUGUACAGAGGCAAAUACAGAAGAGACCACCCGGAUCCUGCAACAGCGUACGCCGAUGAAGUCAGAGAUAUCAUAGAGCAAGUGCAAAACAAAGGAGGCAAGAUAGCCGCCUUUAUUGCUGAGUCAUUGCAGAGCUGUGGUGGACAGGUCAUCCCCCCUGCAGGCUACUUCCAGCAAGUGGCCCAGCAUGUCCGUAAAGCAGGAGGUCUUUUCAUUGCAGACGAAGUCCAAGUGGGCUUCGGCCGCGUGGGCACUCACUUUUGGGGCUUCCAGCUUCAGGGUGACGACUUUGUGCCCGACAUCGUUACCAUGGGCAAACCGAUAGGGAACGGGCACCCGAUGUCAUGUGUGGUCACGAGCAGAAAGGUGGCCCAGGCCUUCAUGUCGUCAGGAAUGGAGUACUUCAACACAUUUGGAGGCAACCCGGUGUCGUGUGCCAUCGGUCUGGCCGUCCUGGACGUGAUCGUCAAGGAGGACCUGCAGACGAAAGCCUUGCAAGUGGGCGAGUACCUGACCUCUCUGCUGGAGGCUCAGAAAGAGAAGCACCCCCUCAUAGGUGACGUCAGGGGUCGCGGCCUGUUUGUGGGGGUGGAGCUCGUGAAGGACCGCUUGAAGCUGACCCCAGCCACAGCAGAGGCCCAGGAGGUCAUAUAUCACUUGAAGGAGAAGCACGUGCUCCUCAGCGCAGACGGACCUCAUCGCAAUGUGCUCAAAUUUAAGCCGCCCAUGUGCUUCAGCACGGACGACGUCGACUUUGUGGUGGACAAAAUUGAUGGCAUUCUCACGGAAAUUGAAGUGGCAACAGGAAUGAAGACUGCUGGCAUACUGAAUGGAGAGAAUACCGUCAAUAAAAUACAGGUUCUGCCGAUAAGUCAUCAUCAGAGCGAGCUGGCUCACAGUCAAGGCUUCAAGACAUCAUGAGACCAGAAAGCUUCCUUUUAAAACACACUGUAUUAAUAAUGAUAAGCUACAGAUUUAAGAGAUCAGGCAAGGCUUGCUCAGGUUUAAUAGCUUGGCUUUUUUUUGGUUGCUGCUGCAUUAUUUCCAUUGUGGACUCAACAGAACGUUGAAGGACAUCAGGGGACAAGGACGCUCUAACAUUUCAGUAAGUGUCAUAAUGGAGGAAGUCUGAACACAUCAAGAGGAGGACUUUAAACAUUUUUAACAUCCAUCCAUCCAUUUUCUAUACCGCUUGUCCUCAUUAGGGUCACGGGUAAAGCUGGAGCCUAUCCCAGCAGACUUCGGGAGACAGGGUACACGCUGAACUGGUCGCCAACCAAUAACAUUUUUUUACAAUGAGCUUAUUUUCGAAUAUGACAUUUCUGUGAGUGCUGCUAAUAACAUAAAUCAGGUAUGGCUUUGAAUGAUUUACAAGUGCUUGUGCAAUAUGUGGCUUUUAUUUGUCAUUUACAUGUGCAGUCAUAUUUUUAAAGGCUACUUUUGUCCACUUUUGUCCUUGAAGUGAAUGAAACAUCGUCCAUUUUUGCAUACGUAUGCAAAAAUACAGUAUCUUGACAUUUGAUGGCGCCCCUUUGUGGAGAGUAGCCGGUACUGCAGCUAUCUAAACUUUUCCCACUGAGGGCUGCAGACUGUGCAGAAAAAUUGAGGAAUGUGCGGGGCCACUUUCAUACAUUUGGUGCACUAAAGCAGGGGUGUCCAAAUGUUUUCCAGCGAGGGCCACUUCGAGUGAGACGUUAUGUAUUUUUCAAGAAAAAACUACAGCUUUGUGAUGUAGGUGAAAAAGCCUAUUAUUAGUAUGAACUUUGGUCGCCCGCCCCCCACAUUUUCCAAAAUACAAUCAAUUUUCUUAUUUUUGUUUCAUAUUACAACUUUAAAUAAAUAGCGUCUUUCUCUAAUAUUUCAACAUUUUGCCUCAAAACAUUACAUUAUCCUUGUUAAAUUAUGACUUUCUCCUCUUAAUAAAGGGGGGGGGGGAAAUCCAUACCUACAUGGCCCUGUGUGAAAAACUGACCCCCCCCCCGUUAAAACAUAACAUAACUGAGAUUGAGAUCUAUUAGUCUGGAAAAUGUUAUGAAGACAUUUGCAAAGCUUUGGGACUCCAGCAAACCACAGUGAGAGCCAUUAUCCACAAAUAGCGAAAACAUGGAACAGUGGUGACCCUUCCCAGGAGACACUGGGCAAAAACGGCCUGCAUGGCAGAGUUCCAAGACCAAAACCACUGCUGAACAAAAAACAACAUUAAGGCUUGUCUUAAUUUUGCUAGAAAACAUCUUGAUGAUCCCCAAGACCUUUGGGAAAAUACUCUGUGGUCUGACGAGACAAAAGUUGAACUUUUUGGAAGGUGUGUGUCCCAUUACAUCUGGCGUAAAAGUAACACUGCAUUUCAGAAAAAGAAUAUCAUACCAACAGUAAAAUAUGAUGGUGGUAGUGUGAUGGUCUGGGGCUAUUUGAUGCUUCAGGACCUGGAAGUCUUGCUGUGAUAAAUGGAACCAUGAAUUCUGCUGUCUACCAAAAAAUCCUGAAGGAGAAUGUCCAGCCAGCUGAAACCAACUUGGGUUCUGCAGCAGGACAAUGAUCCAAAACACACCAGCAAGUCCACCUCUGAAUGGCUGAAGAAAAACAAAAUGAAGACUUUGGAGUGGCCUAGUCAAAGUCCUGACCUGAAUCCUAUUGAGAUGCUGUGACAUGACCUUAAAAAGGUGGUUCAAGCUGGAAAACCCUCCAAUGUGGCUGAAUGACAACAAUUCUGCAAAGAUGAGUGGGUCAAAAUUCCUCCACAGCGCUGUAAGAGACUCAUUGCAAGUUAUGGCAAACGCUUGAUUGCAUUUGUUGCUGCUAAGGAUGGAUGCUAAGUUUAGGGGGCAACCGCUUUUUCACACAGGGCCAUGUUGGUUUGGAUUUUUCUUCUCCCUUUAUAAUAAAAAGCUUCAUUUAAAAACUGCAUUUUGUGUUGAGUUGGGUUAUCACUGACUAAUAUUUACAUUUUCUUGAUGAUCUCAAACAUUUAAAGUGCGACAAACACUCACAAAAAUA